UCCGGGGCGCUUGCCGCGGCUUCCGGGGCGGGCCGCAGCGAACGGCGAUUGGUGUGGCCCGGCUCCUUCCGAGCCUGUGUUUCGAGGUUCCCAGCUGCAAUGAGCUUCCUCAAAAGUUUUCCGCCGCCGGGUUCGGCCGAGGGGCUCCGGCACCAGCAGCCAGAUACCGAGGCUGUGCUGAACGGGAAGGACCUCGGGACUGGCACCCUUUACAUCUCCGAGAGCCGCCUGUCUUGGUUAGAUGGUUCCGGAUUAGGAUUCUCACUGGAAUACCCCACCAUUAGUUUACAUGCUGUGUCCAGGGACCUAAAUGCCUAUCCACGAGAGCAUUUGUAUGUUAUGGUGAAUGCUAAAUUUGGAGAAGAAAUAAAAGAAUCUCUUGCUGAUGAAGAAGAGGAAGAUAGUGAUGAUGAUGUUGAACCUAUUACUGAAUUUAGAUUUGUGCCUAGUGAUAAAUCAGCAUUGGAGGCGAUGUUCACUGCAAUGUGUGAAUGCCAGGCCUUGCACCCAGACCCUGAGGAUGAAGACUCAGAUGAUUAUGAUGGAGAAGAGUAUGAUGUGGAAGCACACGAACAAGGACAGGGGGAUAUCCCCACAUUUUAUACCUAUGAAGAAGGAUUAUCCCAUUUAACAGCAGAAGGGCAAGCCACAUUGGAGAGAUUAGAAGGAAUGCUUUCCCAGUCCGUGAGCAGCCAGUAUAACAUGGCGGGGGUACGGACAGAAGAUUCAGUAAGAGAUUAUGAAGAUUCUGCUCAUAACUGUAGAGAGAACUUGGUGCCUCUUCCCUCUGAAGAGAGGUUGAUGAAAGUCUUUUUCCUUCUCCAAAACUCACUUAAACCAGUUCUUCCUCAAGAUAAACUAUACUGAGACAGCAAGUUGUCACCAGCAGAAGAAACUAUGACCUUUAUUAACAAAGGUGAAUUAGCUUAACAAAGGGGGUAUUUGUAGUUUAUCUUUUACUCUCAAACUUUGUGUCUAGGUACCCACUGACUAGGCUGCAAUUCCUGCCUUUCUUGUAUGCGUUGUCCAUACACUAGCAGGAACUGAGCAGGAAAUAGGCUGAAGUUAAGAUUUUUUGGGGGAAGGGGGGUGCAGGUCAUUGGAGUCUAGAGAUAUCCUUAUCCCUAAAAGAAAAGGCAGAGAACUCGGAAGGAUCAGUCUUGUCGUUCUCCACAGGGCAAGAGUCUCACUAAUUUGGAGCUGAGAUUAAUUCAGACCUCUCUAGGUGGUCUCUUGGGAAACAUCCCAGUUGCAAAUCUUACCACUAAGUGCUUCUGGGUAGCUUCUGUCCUUCCACCCUAUUUUUCCAGUCUGCUUUGUUCUAGACUUGUAGGUUGUAUCCUUUAAUUUCUACCUUCUUAGGUUAGUUUUCUGUAACAGAACAAGUGAACUGGGAUGAGGUCCUUAAAGUACCCCUGAUGGUAAUUGUUUUGUCUUUGUAAUAGCUUAACAAAUAAAUCUAGGUUUUCUAUAUUA